AAAAAAUGUCGGUCUACCACUUUACCCAUAUUUCAUUCAAAGGUGAAUUUUCGAAAACGAUGUUGUAAAUUGUAAUUCACAAAUUUUCUCAGCUUCUGUUUUCAGUCUGCAGAAAUUUGAAACAAAACAAGAAGGGGGCGGAGAUUGGUUCCCGUUACGGUUUGGGCUUCAGAAACUGCACCAAACCUGCACGCUCUGGUUUGGUUUUGUUUCGUUUUAAUCAUUGCCACUAUUAACAUAACUCCAACUGUGCUUUAAGAAUGGCGACGCAACUGAAUGGUGGUGACAACAGUGACCUCAUAGCCACCUUGCAGGCCAGGGUCAAGGAAUUAGAGGCUGAGAAUGCAAGGCUGUUAUCUCAACUUGCUAAUUGUCAAAUUCAAGAGCAGGUGGAGAAGAAAUUACAUGGCACUGAUGCUAAAGAAACAAAAUCGAGAAAAGGCAACAGGAAAUCAGGAGAAAAGAUAGAAAAUGUGCCAGGCUAUAACUCGAGGUUUAUGAGUCAUCACAGCAAGAGAUAUGUAGCUUUAAAAGUUAUGUACUUUGGAAAAAGGUACUAUGGUUUUGCUUCAGAGGCACAAAUGGAACCAACUGUUGAGUCUGAAAUUUUCAAAGCUCUAGAGAAAACUAGGCUUUUGGUUGGUGACAGGAAGGAGUCACAGUAUUCAAGAUGUGGUAGAACAGACAAAGGUGUUUCCUCUGUUGGACAAGUGAUAGCUCUUUUCCUAAGAUCAAACCUAAAUGAUGUAGGUUCUGGAGAAAUUGCUUUAGAAAGUCAAUAUGAAGGGGAAAUUGAUUAUGUGAGGGUGCUCAAUCGAGUCCUUCCAAAUGAUAUUCGCAUUAUGGGCUGGUGUCCUGUUCCAGUCAAUUUCCAUGCAAGGUUCAGCUGUUUAAGUAGGCAGUAUAAAUACUUCUUUUGGAAAGAAAAUUUGAAUAUCCUGGCAAUGGAGAGCGCCGGGAAGAAAUUGAUAGGAGAACAUGACUUUAGAAACUUCUGCAAAAUGGAUGCUGCAAAUGUGCACAACUACAGGAGGAAUAUCACAUCACUUGAGAUGUCUCCCACAGAUGUGAGGUAUGGUGAUAAUGAACUUUGGGUGAUUAAAAUCAGAGGCAGUGCUUUCCUAUGGCACCAGGUUCGCUGCAUGGUUGCUGUUCUAUUCAUGAUUGGCAAAGGCCUGGAAUCUCCAAAUGUAAUUGAUAUGCUACUGGACACUACUAGUAUCCCAAGGAAACCUCAGUACACCAUGGCUUCGGAGGUUCCAUUGGUUCUUCAGUCAUGUGAAUUUGAAGAUAUUAAGUUUAUAUGCUCAUCAGAUUCUGGAGAAGCACUGCGUGUACACUUGGUGAACGAAUGCCAAAGUUACCAGCUUGAAGCUGCUAUCUUUCAUGAGGCACUUAUUAAUUGUGUGCCUUUAUCAGAAGAUCAACCUACUCGAGAAAGAAAAAAGAAACCUUCACAUGUCCCUAUUAUGUUGCGACCAACUGAGCCAUCAUAUGAAGAGCGCCGCUCCAAAUUCGACUCAAAACAUGAAGAUCAUAUUCAUACUGCUCAUCUCAACAUUGUAGGCCUUCCUACAUAGGUUGUAUUAUCAAGUGAUCACUUUUUUCCUAAUUGAAAGUUCUGAUGUAGAGUGCAAUCUUUUUAUCUGGGCUAUUCAAGCCCCUCCGAGAUUUUAUUGUGAGCAAAAGAGCCAAAGAUAAUUAAUUAUCAAUUGUGGAUACAAAAUUACUCACCCUAACCUGCUAUUUACUUGGAUACUAGCACUUUGUUGUAUUUAAUCUUUCAUUCUUGUGAGUAAAUGAAAUGACUCAAAUGAGAUUAACUGAAAUGAGU